AUGUCUUUCGAGCCAACUCCAUUUUAUAUCUCCAUACCCCAGGAGAAGUUGGAUGACAUCCAAAACCGCGUUAAGAACUACCCGUGGGAUACUAUCACCACAUACGAUCCCUCCUGGAAUCCCGGUCCUCCACCAAAUGAACUCCGUCCCAUAUGCGACUACUGGAGCUCCAAAUACGACUGGCGAGAGACGGAGAAGACUAUUAACAGCCUCCCACAUUUCAAAGCCAAUGUAUCCACCAUGGACAUCCAUUUCAUCCACGAACGCGGCAGCGGUCAAAACCCACAACCUCUCCUCCUCCUCCACGGCUGGCCAUAUUCCUUCAUCAGCUAUACUCAUCUCGUCCCUCGGCUCGCACACCCCGAACGCUAUGGCGGAAAAGAGGAAGACGCGUUCACUGUCAUAAUCCCAAGCUUCCCCGGCUUCGCAUUCUCUUCAAUCAAGGAGCCACUUUCCCCACGACAAGUUGCUGGCAUCAUGAACGAUCUCAUGACCUCCGUCCUCGGGUAUAAAACAUACAUAGCCCACGGUGGCGACUGGGGCUCCUACACAUCCGAUCUCCUCGGCUUCCACUACCCCAAUUCUUGCAUUGGCGUGCACAUCGGUGGUAAUAGCAGUGUGCGUCAUUACGGCGGUGCGGCCCACAGCGGAGAAUAUGUCAAGGAUGCAACGGACGCUGAAAUUUCAUUCGCGAAACUUGAACACGGGAUUUGGCAGACGGAGAAAGCGUACAACCUCAUUCAAAGCAUUCGGCCCUUGAAACUAGCUUAUGCAAUGAUGGACUCCCCCGUUGGUGUCGCAGCCUGGAUCCUCGAAGCAUUCCACGUAUGGGCGGAUCUGCGAGGGAAGAGUUUGACUGAAGUGUUUGACGUGAAAAUAUUGAUAGACGAAGUCAUGAUAUACCUCGUCACCAACACGUUCAAUACGGCAACCUGGAUCUAUGCUGCGGAUUGGAAGGACAAUCAGUGGACAUUGCCUGAAGGCAAGAAAGUCGAGGUUCCGACGGGAUUUAUUGCGUCCCCGGAUCCGGUAUUUCCGGCCCCGCCACGAGAAGUACUGGAGAAGAGUCAUCGUAGGAUUGUGAGGUGGAGGGAUGUGAAUGAGGGUGGACAUUUCUUAUUUUAUGAGGGUCCGGAUGUAGUGGUGGAGGAGUUGAUAGAAUUCGGGAAGGUGGUGAGGGGGUUGAGGAUUGAGUAA